CUCUUCGGCUGUUCAGCAUCGCCGUGACGAUAAACAGUGAGCGGACAAAGAUGCUCUGUAGUCUGGUGCGCACGCCUCUGUCUCCAGCUCUCCACCUUCACCAUGGAGGAGCCUAAUUAAAUGCACACACUCGAUGUGCGCGUCUCUGCUGCUCCGGAUGGGGGGUGCCGAUUCUUUUUUUAUUAUUAUUAUUUCUAUUUUAGGAUUUUCAAGCGUUUCCAACCCUGUUUGAACCCCGAGCGGAGAGGACCGCGGGAGAUUUGUGAAGUCUUCAAUUAAUAAGAGGCAAAUUAUGCCAGCAGCAUCAGAGUCACUCACCCUGGUGACGUGCCACUUGGUUGGUCAGACUGCUCUGCCUUUCACUUGCCUCCUCGUCUGCCCUGGCAGAUCAACGCUUCUGGAUGCUCCUCAAAGAGCCACGCCCACACCAUGAGCGCCAACGGGCCUGCCACAGAACCAGCCCCAGAAGCCCCUCCCAUCUCAACCCCUGCCCCCGCACCGGCCCCUGCUCCUACCCCAGCCCCAGCGCCACCACCGCCGCCCCCACCUGCUGCAACUUCUUCUACCAUACCGGUGGGUGCGUUGGCUCAGAAGAAGCGGCAGCAGUAUGCCAAAAGCAAGAAGCAAGGGAGCAACGCCAACAGCCGGCCACCGAGGGCUCUUUUCUGCCUAAAGCUCAACAACCCCUUACGCAGGGCCUGCAUCAGUGUGGUGGAGUGGAAGCCAUUCGAUAUCUUUAUAUUAAUUGCUAUUUUUGCCAACUGUAUGGCCUUAGCUGUUUAUGUCCCUUUUCCGGAAGAUGAUUCCAACUCCACAAACCAUGAUCUGGAAACAGUUGAAUAUGCCUUCCUCAUCAUUUUCACUAUUGAGACCUUUCUGAAGAUUAUUGCCUAUGGUUUGGUGAUGCACCAGAAUGCAUAUGUGAGAAACGGCUGGAACAUGCUGGAUUUUGUCAUUGUGGUUAUUGGACUCUUCAGUGUUGUUUUAGAAUUCUUGACCAAAGAUGACAAAGGAGAAGGUGAAGGAGCCAGUAGCCAUCCGUCUGUGCAUGGCCAUGGGGGUAAGCCCGGUGGAUUUGAUGUUAAAGCCCUUCGAGCCUUCCGUGUGCUGCGACCCCUGCGGCUGGUCUCAGGAGUACCCAGUUUACAGGUGGUGUUGAACUCCAUCAUUAAAGCCAUGGUUCCUCUGCUGCACAUCGCCCUCCUUGUCCUGUUUGUUAUCAUCAUCUAUGCUAUUAUUGGCCUGGAGCUUUUCAUCGGUAAAAUGCAUGCCACCUGCUACAUAGCCGGCACAGAUUUGAUAGCCGAGGAUGAACCAGCUCCCUGUGCGAUCUCAGGGCACGGGCGCCAAUGCCCCAUCAACGGCACACACUGCAGAGAAGGCUGGCAUGGCCCCAACGGGGGCAUCACCAACUUUGACAAUUUUCUCUUUGCAAUGUUGACGGUGUUUCAGUGCAUCACUAUGGAGGGCUGGACUGACGUGCUGUACUGGAUGAACGAUGCUAUGGGUUUUGAGCUUCCAUGGGUUUACUUUGUCAGUCUUGUGAUCUUCGGCUCCUUUUUCGUUCUUAACCUGGUUUUGGGUGUGUUGAGUGGAGAGUUCUCCAAGGAGAGGGAAAAAGCUAAAGCUCGAGGAGACUUCCAGAAGCUGCGUGAGAAGCAGCAGCUGGAAGAGGACCUGAAGGGCUACCUGGACUGGAUCACUCAGGCUGAAGAUAUCGACCCUGACAACGAGGACGAAGCUGAGGAUGGGAGCAAGAGGAACCCGAGCGUCCCAGCCAGUGAAACAGAAUCUGUGAACACUGAGAACCAGAAUGGCGAGGAGGAAAAGACACCCUGCUGUGGACCUUUGUGUCAAAAAAUCUCAAAGUCAAAGUUCAGUCGGCGCUGGCGCCGCUGGAACCGGUUCUGCCGCAGGAAGUGCCGUUUGGCUGUAAAGUCGGUACCUUUUUAUUGGUUGGUCAUCAUCCUGGUGUUCCUCAACACGCUCACCAUCUCAUCAGAGCAUUACAACCAGCCUAUGUGGCUGACACAAGUGCAGGAUGUGGCAAACAAGGUGCUCCUGGCCCUCUUCACAUGUGAAAUGUUGGUGAAGAUGUACAGUUUGGGACUACAAGCCUAUUUUGUGUCGUUGUUCAACCGCUUCGACUGCUUUGUGGUGUGCGGAGGAAUCACUGAAACCAUUCUUGUCGAACUAGAAAUCAUGUCUCCUCUUGGUAUUUCUGUGUUCCGCUGUGUCCGUCUGCUGAGGAUCUUUAAGGUCACACGGCACUGGCAGUCUCUGAGUAACCUGGUGGCAUCCCUGCUUAACUCCAUGAAGUCCAUUGCUUCCCUGCUGCUGCUCCUUUUCCUUUUUAUCAUCAUCUUCUCCCUGCUGGGAAUGCAGGUGUUUGGUGGAAAGUUCAACUUUGACGAAACCCAGACAAAGAGAAGCACGUUUGACAACUUUCCCCAAGCCCUUCUCACUGUGUUUCAGAUCUUGACCGGAGAAGACUGGAACGCUGUAAUGUAUGAUGGCAUCAUGGCAUACGGAGGCCCCUCCUCCUCUGGGAUGAUCGUGUGUUUUUACUUUAUCAUUCUCUUCAUAUGUGGAAACUAUAUCCUCCUAAAUGUCUUUUUGGCCAUUGCUGUGGACAACCUGGCAGAUGCAGAGUCUCUCAACACAGAUGAAGGAGAUAAGAAGGGGGAUAAGAAAGAUGAUGAAAAAGAUGAAAAGGAAGAUGAGGAUGAGGAUAAUGAUGAAAUUGGAGGAGAUGAAGAAGACCCAGAAGUCCCAUCGGGUCCACGGCCAGUCAUCGCUGACCUGGUGAAGAAGGAAAAGAUCAUUCCGAUCCCAGAGGGAAGUGCCUUCUUCAUCUUCAGUAACACGAACCCAGUUCGGGUGUUUUGUCAUCAACUCAUCAAUCACCACAUAUUUACCAACCUCAUCUUGGUGUUCAUCAUGCUGAGCUCUGUGUCGCUUGCUGCCGAAGACCCGAUCCGGAACUUCUCCGCCCGAAACAUUAUACUUGGUUACUUUGACUAUGCUUUCACCGCUAUCUUUACUGUUGAGAUCGUGUUAAAGAUGACAACAUAUGGAGCUUUUCUCCAUAAAGGAGCUUUCUGCAGGAAUUACUUCAACCUCCUGGAUCUCUUGGUGGUGGGGGUUUCGCUUGUCUCCUUUGGCAUUCAGUCUUCAGCCAUCUCCGUGGUAAAAAUUCUUCGAGUUCUUCGAGUGCUUCGACCCCUAAGAGCCAUCAAUAGAGCCAAGGGCCUUAAACAUGUUGUUCAGUGUGUCUUUGUGGCAAUUAGAACUAUUGGCAACAUCAUGAUCGUCACCACUCUGCUUCAGUUUAUGUUCGCUUGUAUAGGUGUCCAGCUAUUUAAGGGAAAAUUUUACCGUUGCACAGAUGAGGCCAAGUCAAGUCCUGAAGAAUGCAAGGGCACAUUCAUUCUAUAUAAGGAUGGUGAUGUGAAUCAGCCAACAAUACACAGGCGGGUUUGGCACAACAGUGACUUCAACUUUGACAAUGUCCUCAUGGCCAUGAUGGCCCUGUUUACUGUGUCUACGUUUGAAGGCUGGCCGUCGUUACUGUACAAAGCAAUCGACUCCAACAGGGAGAAUCUAGGACCCAUUUACAACUACCGUGUGGAAAUUUCAAUCUUCUUCAUCAUCUACAUCAUUAUCAUUGCUUUCUUCAUGAUGAACAUCUUUGUGGGUUUUGUUAUUGUCACAUUUCAAGAACAGGGAGAGAAGGAGUAUAAAAACUGUGAACUUGACAAGAACCAGCGUCAGUGCGUGGAGUAUGCUCUAAAGGCCCGUCCUCUAAGGAGAUAUAUACCCAAAAACCCUUAUCAAUAUAAGUUCUGGUAUGUGGUGAACUCCACAGGCUUUGAGUACAUCAUGUUUGUGCUCAUCAUGCUCAACACACUCUGCUUGGCUGUCCAGCACUAUGGCCAGUCAGCUCUCUUUAAUUAUGUAAUGGACAUUCUCAACAUGGUCUUCACUACUGUAUUCACUGUGGAAAUGGUUCUCAAGCUCAUAGCAUUUAAACCAAGGCACUAUUUUGCUGAUGCUUGGAACACAUUUGAUGCCUUAAUUGUUGUUGGUAGCGUCGUCGACAUUGCUAUCACUGAAGUUAAUAACACGGAGGAUAGUGCUCGUAUCUCCAUCACCUUUUUCCGUCUGUUUCGAGUCAUGCGGUUGGUCAAACUGCUCAGCAGAGGAGAGGGUAUUCGAACAUUGCUUUGGACCUUCAUUAAGUCCUUCCAGGCCUUGCCGUAUGUUGCUCUUUUGAUAGCCAUGUUGUUUUUCAUCUAUGCCGUCAUCGGCAUGCAGGUUUUUGGAAAGAUUGCUAUGGUUGAUGGCACGCAAAUUAACAGAAACAACAACUUCCAGACCUUCCCCCAGGCUGUGCUUCUCCUUUUUAGGUGUGCCACAGGUGAGGCGUGGCAGGAUAUUAUGUUGGCCUGUAUGCCAGGGAAACUGUGUGACCCUGAGUCUGACUACAACCCUGGGGAGGAGAUGACUUGUGGCAGUGGAUUUGCUAUAGUUUAUUUCAUUACCUUCUACAUGCUUUGUGCUUUCUUGAUCAUCAAUUUAUUUGUGGCUGUCAUUAUGGACAACUUUGACUAUCUGACACGUGAUUGGUCUAUUCUUGGUCCUCACCACCUUGAUGAAUUUAAAAGGAUAUGGUCAGAGUACGAUCCUGAAGCAAAAGGAAGAAUUAAACAUCUAGAUGUGGUGACUCUGCUUCGUCGUAUCCAGCCCCCUCUUGGUUUUGGUAAACUGUGUCCUCAUAGAGUGGCCUGCAAGAGGCUGGUAGCCAUGAACAUGCCACUCAACAGUGAUGGGACAGUCAUGUUUAAUGCUACAUUGUUUGCCCUGGUGCGCACAGCUCUGAAAAUAAAAACUGAAGGUAACCUGGAGCAGGCCAAUGAAGAGCUGCGAGCUGUCAUCAAGAAAAUCUGGAAGAGAACCAGCAUGAAGCUGCUGGAUCAAGUGGUGCCUCCUGCUGGUGAUGAUGAGGUAACCGUGGGGAAGUUCUAUGCCACCUUCCUGAUACAGGACUACUUUAGGAAAUUCAAGAAACGUAAAGAGGAAGGCCUGGUGGCUGCGCACCCUUCCCAGAACAACACAGCAAUUGCCCUACAGGCUGGCCUUCGCACGCUGCAUGAUAUUGGGCCUGAAAUUCGCCGAGCGAUAUCAUGUGACCUACAGGAUGAUGAACUAGUAGACUUUAUUCCAGAGGAAGACGAGGAAAUUUAUAGGCGUAACGGCGGCCUCUUUGGUAACCACCUUAUGAACGGUGGCCAUCGGCGAGCCAACGGUCAACAAACCAACACCACACAGCGCCCCCUGCAGGUGCAGCCUCCUCCUCACUAUGCUCACAUGGAGCAACCAGUGGGGCGUCUAUCUCGGGCUAAUGCAAUGGCCCAUCCCAACCACCAUCAUCACCACCACCACCAUCACCACCGCCACCAUAACUCCUAUGGCAAAUCUCCUAAAUCCACCAACAUCAACUUGAACAAUGCCAACAUGUCCAGUAUGCCCAAUGGAGGACACCAUAUCUACUAUGAACGUACACCUCCUAAUGGUUACCCAGGUUUACGUACCUCCUAUUAUGACUAUAACAAGCCACGGACACCCCAGGGUCAAAGAAGGCGCUACUAUGAGACAUAUGUUAGGUCCCAGAGAGGCGAUGGCCGUCACCCCAUCAUCCGCAGGGAAGAGGAGAUUGAUGAGGACCGCUUCUCUGGGGAAUACUACAGUGGAGAGGAGUUUUAUGAAGAGGAUAGUAUGCUUUCAGGGGACAGGUAUCAGACCUCUGACACGGAGUAUGAAACUCCUAAAGGCUACCAUCACCCUGACAGUUACUAUGAUGAUGAUGAGCAGCCUCUCUAUCGGGACUCUCGAAGAUCUCCAAAGAGAAGACUGCUUCCUGCCACACCUCAAGGUCACAGAAGGUCUUCCUUUAACUUUGAGUGUUUGCGCAGACAAAGUAGCCAGGAUGAGCUUCCACAUCAGCGUACUGCUCUACCACUGCACCUUAUGCAGCAUCAGGUUAUGGCUGUAGCAGGGCUGGACUCCAGCAGAGCCCACUGCCUCUCCCCCACCCGCUCCACUCGUUCCUGGGCCACACCACCCGCCACCCCAGCCAGUAAAGACGAAUCACCAUACUACACCCCCCUGAUCCGUGUGGAUCGUCCACGCAGGGAUAGCAUUUCUGGCAGCCAUGUCUCUGUGCGCAAAAGCUCCUGGUACACAGAUGAUCCAGAGUUUUCUCAAAGGACAUACUCACCCAUCCACCUGCAGGUGCCCCUGGAGUACCACAACCAGUACCACCAGAAGAGAGGCAGUGCAACCAGCCUUGUUGAAGCGGUUUUGAUAUCAGAGGGGCUUGGAAGAUAUGCCAAGGAUCCCAAAUUUGUCGCUGCCACGAAGCAUGAAAUAGCAGAUGCAUGUGAGAUGACAAUAGACGAGAUGGAGAGUGCAGCCAGCCACCUGCUGAGCGAAGGGAUCGCUCCUGGCAUUAAUGGGGUCAACGUGUUUCCUCUUCUGACCCCCAGGGACUACGAGCUGCCAGACACAGGAGCCAGUUACAGUGAUGAGGAGCCAGAGACAGAACCUAGAGUUCCUUAUGAGGAGGAUCUGGCAGAUGAGAUGAUCUGCAUUACGACUUUAUAGCAUCAGCUGGAAGGGAUUGACAGAUCUGACCGCACACAACAGUGAACAUAUAAAUUCUAAAAUCAGAAUUGCAUCUGUUGGCUCAAACCAAAAGAAGUGCCUUUUACACAGAGCAGAAAAGGCAUACAGAAGGAAGAAGCACCAUAGAAGCACCUCCUGCCAGCAGAGGAGGCAAGAGCAAAUCGUUGACAGGAACUCUCUACUGAAGAUCUUCACCUGGAAGGAACGCAGCCUGCAGCCAAUUGGACGCCAGGACACUUGAUGCUAGGGAGAGGUACAAGGCCAGAGCUGGCAAAGGUGUGAGACACUAUGCAGGGCGGGUCUCAAAGGGUGAUGACAAUCAGAUGUAUGAUGUCAUUACCUCAGUCACUUUAUUAAGGUUCGGCAUAUCAUGCAAGUUUUCAAUGCAAGCAUAGUGAGGCAUAUCUACUCAUUUAGUCUAUAGGGGGGGAAAAAAAGAGCUUAAUACCUUUGUUGUUUGAGCAGGUUGUCUUAGGAUAGCUGAAGCUAAUUUAAAAUGUCGAGUCAUAACAGAUUAUGCAGGAAUUAACUGUCCUACUUUUAGCAUCAUUCAACUUGAGUUGUAUGUGUUUAAAGAAACAUAAGCAUUUGAGGUAAAUGCACUAGCAGGCAGGUUGUUUUAAACAUUGAAGAAUAGCCUGACUAAUAUUUCCUAGUUGAUAUGCUGUAAAUUGUAUAAUAUAGCAAGAGACACUUUGUAAAGAGAUAACUAUAUUUUGUAAUUAUGUAUCGUUUAAAAGAUCAGCAAUAUGAACCAUUGUGAUUCAUGUUAUAUAAAAAAAACUUGCAUUAUUUUAAUGAGGUACUCUGAUAUUUAAAAGCCUUUUCUUUUUGCUAAUAUGCACUCUUUAUUUUGCCUAAGAAAUAUUUUUUAGAAAUUCUUCUAAAGUGACACACCUGCACAGUAUAUUCAAAUGACUUCUAAUAUGUUUUUCUAUAAGCAGAUUUUUUUGUGCAGAUAAACCUCAAGAUUCUAAGGUAAAUGGCUAUAUAAGGAAUAUAUUUAUUUGGAUAUUUCCUGCUGUGUGCACAUUAAUUGAAAUGCUUCCAUGCAUAAACAUUGCUGCUUUUUUGUUGGUUUUUGAAUCAAAUGGUUUGUCAGCACUGAAUUAAAUGCAUUUUUUUUGCUGCUAGAGGAAGUAAAAGUCAGAUAAACUGAUAUUUUUGAGGCUCGUGCUGGGAUUUUACCCUAUCAAACCCCUGAAUCAUCAUAGUAUUGGUUUAAAUCUCCAUUCUCCAAUCAGACCCCCUGUGUAUGUAGAGUGUCUUGCAGAUAUAUUAAUACUUUUUGAAUGUUUCCACAUACUGACUCCUUUCGACAAAAAAAAAUUGAUACUUUCUAUGGGAUUUUAUAUGAUUAAAACAAAACAGGAUGACGCAUAGUUGUGAAAUUGAAGCAUGAUUAUAUAGUUUUCAUUUUUUCCAAAUAAAAAACUAAAAUGUAUGGCAUGUAAUGUAUAGUUUCCUGAAUUAAUACUUUAAUGAAAACAGAACAUAGUUGAAAAUAUUCCCACCUGGAGAGUUACAUUUUUGUCUGUUGUUUAUUACCUUUUUACAAAAUAGAUCAGUCGGAUUAGAUGUUUACAAUGUAUCUGAACACUAACUUUCAGGCAUUUCCCCAAACUCGUAGCUGAAUUUAAAUCUGUACUUUGAGUGGGCCAUCCUAUCAUGGAUAUGCUUUCCAUUCCAUUGCAGCUCUGAAUACAAGCUUGGGAUGCAUUCCUUUAAGUUUCUGCUGCCCCUAACUGAUUUUCUAAUAUCUAAAAUUGUCUAGCAUCUUCUGAUCAGCUUUAACAAGUCGAUCUGCCGUUGAUGCAGAAAAGCAGCCUGACCCCAACCCACACAUGUACACUUUCAAAGCUCAGAACAGAAAACAGUACUUGUAAUGGUUGUCUUUGAAUAAUGCCUUCAUUUCUUCAUUUUUUUUUUUGUCAUUCUUCAAUAAAGUUUUGAUUUGCUGUGUUAUUUUUGACAGGUUCCCCCACUAAACCUGUGGAUUUCAUGUAGCUUAUCUUACAAUGGGCCUCUUGGCUGUUUAUCUGAUUAAUGCUCUGUGUCAAGGUUUAUCAUUUGGAUCACACUGCUCACAGGGACUUGGGAUGAGAAUUCUGGUGGUUUAUAUUUGAUAAAACAUAAAAUUUGCAGAAACAAAACAAACAAAAAAACUGCAUGGAGAAGAGUAAUAGGUGGUACAGUAUAAUGAAUCCUACAAUCCUUAAUGAAGCCCACCGAUUUCAAACCCUAACACAGGAUUGGUGAAUGAAAAAACAAACAAACCAAAAGAGCUAAUCAAAUGAAAUGUGGAGCAGCUGAGGCAGAAUAAAGGCAGGGCAGCUGAGGAUUGACCUCUACUUAACAUAGAGAAAGCCACAGCAUGCAUCUUGGUCUUCCUGGUGUUGCUUGUUCACCAAUGUUUUUUAACAACCCUCUAAACCCUUCAGGGAAGAACUGAAACUAAAUAAAACAGAUACUUUUUAUUUUCUAUGGAUGCGUGGCCUCUUAAAGCUAUAGGUUGUACUAGAUUUCUUCCAGGGGCAUCAAAGUAAAAGGGACUAGUUAGUUGAACAUUUGGGGUUUUUAUGUACGAGUCAUGUGAAAAAUAAUCCCACUUCACUGUUGUUCACUAAUUUGUGUUGCUCUGUUUCAUACAAUCCUUAUAAUAUUCAUGAAGUUUGUUGUUUUAAAGUGACAAAUGGCAGUGUAAAUUUAUACGAUUAUAAGGCGCCAUGGUGUUUGAGGUUAUGUGGCUGUCAUCCAAAGGACAUUGCAACUUAUUCCCUAUGUUGAACAGCAGGGGGUGUACUGGUGUCAGAUAGGCUGGGAGGUGCAAAGCAAUAGAAACCCGUCCAUGUCCCUUUCUCUCUUAACCCACCUGGUUUCUUGCAUACAGUUUAUACCUCGUUAGGCAACUGUGACCAUAUAUCAUUACGUCAGAAUAUCUGCACAGUGUGGAGACUUUCAACAAGCUAUUCUUUUUCUUGUAAUUGCUCAAUUUUGUUUAUGUAUCAUCGGUUACCAUUCGCCAGCCCAGCACAUACUGGACUAAAUAAACUAGUGUCUCUAUUAAAUAUGACAAUAGAGAGAUAAACUUUCUUCAAAUGCUGUUCAAGGUUGCUAUGAUCUGUUGCUCAUGGGCGUUUGAUUCGUUGGUUGGUGCACUCUCAAUCUGAAUGCUUGAUUCUGUCCUGAACGUUGAGGUUUUCCACUUUGUGUGCACAUUGAAAGGGCUCUUUGAAUUGUUUGUGAGUUUCAAACAAAAUGUGUUCUAGUCCUUUUUGUUUAUGGCCAAAAGGACCAAUGCACAUAAAAGGCACAUUAUACUAUUUGUAGCAAUUGCAGAACUAAUGAACUGAAAAUAUGCAUUAUUUUGUAAAGACUUUUGAAAUGUUGUUUUGAAACUAAAGAUAAAGAAAACUUACUUUUACCUCAUGUCAGGGAAUUCCUGAGAAAAGAUAAUAAUUUGGUUUAGUCUAUACCAAUGGUAUUUAAAUAUUAGCACAUAGCUGUUUGUCUUUGCACAAGUACAUGUAUAGUGCUUUUUCUUUUUAUAAACGGAUUUGUGUAAUAAGGUGAGAAGAUUUUUGUACUUUUUGUGACCAUGUGUAUGGUUUAGUGGAAACUGUAUCUGUCAUUUACACCCCACCUCAAAAUGCUGGGAAUGAAGAGCAUAACAAAAUAUUUUCAAGGUGCACUGUUCCUCUGUUUUGCAGGUUUGGAAAAAAAAAUAAACCACAAACUACCAGUUUACAGAGAAACACAUAUUCAUAGAAACUUUUUUGUUAGCUUUUCUUCAUCUUGUUACUAUUAUUAUUAUUACUAUAACAACUAUUAAUGUUCAGAAAUCUGUAUUAAAAUAGAAGAUGCUGUAAAAUAUGUACAAACAUAUGGGAUGACCCAUAGUAAUGUUCUCUACUUGAAAGUCUUGACAUUUCCCCCAAUGUUUUAUGUUGUUUUUUUUCUUCGGUGCAACAUCAUUUCUCUCAGUAGCAAAUGCUUUAAUAUAUAUAUAAUCCCUAUAGAUUUUGUAUAAAUACAUUUUUUGUAUGUUUUCUUUUUUGGCCUUGACUUCAUUUGAUAUUUUUUUCUAUCAUCAUUAAAUAAAUUUAUGCUGAAUUAAUGUUCAUAUUUAUUUUGAAUUACAAACUCUAAAUCAGUGUGUGUCCAUAUUACACAUUUUUGAAAACAUCCAUUUCCACAAAACAAGGAGAAACUUUUUUAUUGUGCUUCAUAUACAUUUCUGGUUAUAAAUGAAUUUUACAUUUCAA